AAUUACUCUCCUGCUACACUCUUCUGUCUCUCUCUCUUCUCCUUCAGUCUCUCUAAAACCCCUUUUUUACCUUCACCUUUACUCUUCUUCCUCUUAAUUCCAAGGGUUUUUUUUUUCCCUCUUUUUCUCGUUCUUCCAAGUUUUACCAUGGCUAAAGUAUAUCAUCACUCCUCCAUUCAAGAUACGACGUCAUAUUCUUCCCGGAAUCACAAUUAUUCCCGAGUUAGGCCGCCGGAAACUCGUAGCCGCCCUAAUUUCAUCGUCAAGCUUUGUCCAUCCCCUCACGACACCUUACACUCUGCUGUUGUCAAAAGUUUGAUUUUCAAAUACUGCGAAACUUGCCCUUACGACGUCGUUUUCCAGUUGAAAUCUUCUGCUGUUCUUCUCUACUUCGUUGAGUGGACCUGCGCUCGCGAAGCCGUUGUGAAAUUCUGGGAAUCGCUUUUCUCCGGCGAGCAUAAUCUGACUCCUGUUCUAAUUCGAAACGUCGACGUUUCGUCUGACGUGGUCGAGCUUAAUUGUAGGUUGAAACCCUUGUUUUUGGACAAGCUAAAGUGUUUAGACUCUGGUGAGAUAGUUACACAAUGGGAGGAUAAAUUGAAGAGUGUAGAUACAGAAAUCGACGUCGUUUCAGUUGCUAUGAGGAAACAACAACCGUUGCCGCUUUUCGAGAAGUUGAAGAAGAAGAAGGAGGGAUUAAGGGGUGAAAAGGAGAUGAUUUUUAGGAGGAUUUUGGAGUUUAAGGCUGCUCUUCGCUGUUUAUCGAGGCUUAUUGAGGAGGAAAAAGAAGAUGAUGAGAUUUUACUGUUUCAGUUCAACAAUGGCCUUGAUUGGCCUAGGAUUUAUCAUGUUAUUAUGAGGGAAAUUCGACGAUUCGAGCAUGGUUUGCCAAUUUAUGCUUAUCGAAGGGAAAUCCUCCGGCAUAUCAUGUCUCAGCAGAUUAUGGUAUUGAUCGGGGAGACUGGAUCAGGAAAGAGUACCCAGUUGGUACAGUUUCUCGCUGAUUCAGGUGUAGUUGCUGAUAAAUCUCUCAUAUGCACUCAGCCAAGAAAGAUUGCGGCUGUUUCACUGGAACGUAGAGUUCAAGAAGAGAGUUAUGGGUGCUAUAAAGUUGAUUCUAUUAGCUGUUGUCGGUAUUAUUCAUCCCACCAGAAAUUUGAUGGCAAGCUACUAUAUAUGACAGACCACUGUUUAUUACAGCACUUUAUUAAUAACAGGAUGUUAAAUGGGGUUUCCUGCAUUAUUGUUGAUGAAGCUCAUGAAAGAACCCUAAACACUGAUCUUCUUUUGGCAAUGCUUAAGAAAUUGCUUCCUCUUAGGCCUGACUUGAGGCUUAUUAUCAUGUCUGCAACAGCUGAUGCUAAGCAACUUUCAGAAUAUUUCUUUGGAUGUGGAAUGUUUUCGGUGGCCGGCAGAAAUUUCCCAGUGGAUGUGAAAUAUGUCCCAUGCUUCCCUGAUGGAACCUCUCAGCCUGUCGCUGUAUCUGCUGGUAAUAUGGCCCCCUAUGUAUCUGAUGUUGUAAGAUUGGUGACUGAGAUCCAUAGAACCGAGAAAGAAGGAACCAUUCUUGCUUUUUUGACGUCUGCUAUGGAAGUCGAAUGGGCUUCUGAAAUGUUGGCUGUGCCUGAUGUGGUUCCUCUGGCAUUACAUGGCAAACUUUCAUAUGAAGAGCAGUCGAAGGUAUUCCAGGAUUACCAAGGGAAAAGAAAAGUUAUAUUUGCGACAAAUGUUGCUGAAACAUCAUUGACAAUCCCAGGAGUCAAGUUUGUUAUUGAUUCUGGCAUGGCCAAAGAAAGCAUGUUUGAACCUCAUUCUGGCAUGAACGUUUUGAGAGUAUGCUGGAUCAGCAAGAGUUCUGCUAACCAACGAGCUGGUCGUGCUGGGAGAACUGAACCAGGAUGCUGUUAUCGGCUCUACUCGCAGGACGAAUUUAAUCGGAUGGCUGCCCAGCAAGAACCUGAGAUUCGUAGAGUUCACCUAGGUGUUGCUGCCUUAAAAAUUAUGGCGUUGGGCGUAGAAGAUGUUUGUGAUUUUGACUAUAUUGAUGCUCCCUCGAGUGAAGCGAUUGAUAUUGCUCUCCGAAAUCUUGUGCAGUUGGGAGCUGUUACUUUGGAAAGUGGUAACUUCAAAUUGACUGACCUUGGUCAUUCUCUGGUUAAAUUGGGGAUAGAGCCUCGUUUAGGUAAACUAAUUCUUGGCUGCUUCAGAUUGGGCCUGAAAAAAGAAGGUGUAGUUCUUGCGGCAGUUAUGGCUAAUGCCAGUAGCAUAUUUUGUCGAGUUGGUAAUCAUGCAGAUAAGCUAAAGUCUGACCGUCUCAAGGUGCCUUUCUGUCAUCAGAACGGGGAUCUCUUUACUUUGCUCUCUGUUUACAAAGCGUGGGAGGAAAUUCCUUUGGGAAAGGGAAGGAAUCAGUGGUGCUGGUAUAACAGCAUCAAUGCCAAAUCGAUGCAAAGAUGUCAUGAUGCUGUAUGUGAAUGGGAGAACUCUCUUAAAAAUGAACUUUGUCUAAUUGUACCGACUUACUGGUAUUGGACACCUGAGAAAGUCACGGAGCAUGAUGGGAAUCUUAAAAAGGCCAUUCUUGCUUCCCUUGCUGAAAAUGUGGCAGUGUACUCUGGCAGUGAUCAGCUCGGCUAUAAAGUGGCGUUGUCUGGGCAGUAUGUGCAGCUUCAUCCUGCCUGUUCUCUGCUGAUGUUCAAUAAGAAACCUGAUUGGGUGGUCUUUGGUGAACUAAUAUCAACAUCCUGUCAGUAUUUGACAUGCGUUACUACAUUUGACAAGGAGUUUUUAUCUGCUCUUACUCCUCCUCCUUUGUAUGAUGUAUCUGAAUUGGGAAGCCAAAAGCUACAGGUGAUGACAUUAUCUGGUUUUGGCAAAACUCUUCUUAAAAAGUUCUGUGGGAAGUACAAUUAUGGUCUAACUGGUCUAGUGUCACGACUGCGGACUAUCUGUGGGGAUAAAAGAAUAAGUAUUGAAGUUGACUGUGAUAAGGAUGAAAUUCGGUUAUUUACUUCUUCAGACGACAUUGAGAAGGUCUCCAAUCAUGUCAAGGAUGCUCUGGAUUUCGAAAAAAGGUCAUUACAGAAUGAAUGUAUGGAGAAAUGCUUGUAUCAUGGUGGUCCUGGUAUGUUCCCACCUGUUGCACUAUUCGGGUCUGGAGCUGAAAUUAAGCAUCUGGAGCUUGAAAAGAGAUGUUUGACUGUUGAUGUAUACCAUCCCAAUAUCAAUUCUGUUGAUGACAAGGAGCUUGUAUUGUUGAUUGAAAAUUGUGCCUCAGGAAUAUGUGCCGUCCAUAAAUCUGCUAUUCAUGGUUCAGAGACCGAAGAGAGAGAGAAGUGGGGCAGUAUCACAUUUGUGACGCCUGAUGCUGCAAAAAGGGCAGCUGAGUUGAACAAUAUUGAGUUUAAUGGUUCUUUGCUUAGAAUGAAUCUUUCAAGGACAACAUUUGGAGUAGACCGAGCAUUUUCGUUUCCUGCUGUCAGAGCAAAAUUGUCAUGGCCACGUAGGAUCAGUAAAGGCUUUGCGAUUGUUAAAUGUGAGGUGCUUGAUGUUGAGCUCAUGGUUUCACAGAUCUCUAAUUUGCAGAUUGGAGAGAGGUACGUUCGAUGUGAAGCUAGUGCUAAGUACCUCAAUUCUGUUGUGAUAAGUGGGAUAGAUAAGGAAGCAUCUGAACCUGAAAUUUUACGGGCAUUGAGGAGUGCUACAGAUCGAAAAAUCCUGGACUUCUUUUUGGUCAGGGGAGAUGCUGUGGAGGAUCCAGCAUGCCGUGCUUGUGAAGAAGCUCUGUUCAAAGAGAUUUCUGCUUUCAUGCCGAAAGGAAGCCCACAGAGUAAUUUCUGCAGAGUUAUGGUGUUUCAGCCAGAGCCCAAAAAUGCUUUUAUGAGAGCUUUGGUUACUUUUGAUGGAAGGCUUCACUUGGAGGCAGCGAAGGCAUUAGAGCAGAUUGAAGGUAAGGCUUUACCUGGUUUUCUGUCAUGGCAGAAAGUACAAUGCCAACGACUAUUUCACACUUCGGUGUGUUGCUCAUCCUCCGUGUACUUCGUAAUCAAGAGAGAUCUUGAUUCACUGGUGGCCAGGUUCAACCGUCUAAGAGGUACUGAAUGCACUUUGGAUAAGAAUGCCAAUGGCUCUUAUCGGGUGAAGAUAUCAGCAACAGCUACAAAAGUCGUAGCCGAAUUGAGAAGGCCUUUGGAACAGCUGAUGAAAGGGAAGGUAGUCAAUCAUGCCAGCCUCACACCUGCUGUUCUACAGAUGUUAUUUUCUAAAGAUGGUAUCACUUUGAUGAAAUCUCUUGAGCAAGAAAGGGGAAUCUACGUGUAUUUUGAUAGGCAGAACCUUAAUGUGAGAAUGAUUGGGCCUUCUGCUAAGGUGGGUGUGGCAGAGGAGCAAUUUAUCCAGCGCAUUCUUAACCUCCAUAAAAACAGGCACUUGGAGAUCCAUCUACGUGGAGCUGAAUUGCCUCAUGACCUGAUGAAGGAAGUUGUCAAAAGGUUUGGCCCAGACCUCUACGGGCUGAAGGAGAAGGUAUCUGAUGCCAUCUUCACUCUGGAUACACGUCGUCAUGUCAUUUCCAUUUGUGGUCCCAAAGAGGCAAGGCAAAAGGUGGAGGAGAUUGUUAAUGAGGUAGCACAGGCAAGUGGUGGUACAAGCGAAGCUAGUGCUACUAAUGGAAAGGCCUGCCCGAUUUGUUUGUGCGAUGUUGAGGAUGCACAUCAGCUUGAAAGCUGCAUGCAUGUGUUCUGCAAAUCAUGUUUAGUGGAACAAUGUGAGUCUGCAAUAAAAAAUGUUGAUAGUUUCCCCAUUUGUUGUGCCCAUGAAGGCUGUGGUAUCCCCCUUUGGCUUGUUGACUUGAAAUAUCUGUUGUCAUCUGAAAAGCUGGAUGAACUUUUUAUAGCUUCAGUGAGGGCAUUUGUGUCAUAUAGUGGUGGUAAGUACAGAUUCUGUCCUUCACCUGAUUGCCCUUCUGUUUAUGAGGUGGCUGAUCCAAGCAAGUCAGGGGAGCCUUUUAUUUGUGGGGCUUGCUACGCAGAGACUUGUACUAAAUGCCAUUUAGAGUACCACCCUUACUUAUCAUGUGACAAGUACAAGGAAUACAAAGAAGAUCCAGAUUCAUCUUUACGGGAGUGGUGGAGAGGGAAGGAAGAGUAUGUUAAGAGGUGUACGACAUGUGGCCAUACUAUUGAAAAGGCCGAGGGAUGCAAUCACGUUGAAUGUAAAUGCGGGAAGCAUCUAUGUUGGGUCUGCUUGGAGUCAUUCGAUGAUAGUGACGAGUGUUAUAGUCACUUAAGGAACAUUCAUCACGGAAUCACAUGAAAGUUGGUAUUUUCGGGGUGUAUAUCUAUUAGAGGCUUUGUUUAGUUCAGCACAUUGUACAUGUCCGUCCAUAUGUAUAGCUCAUACGUAUUAGGCUAUUAGCUGCAGUUUUCUAUGUAAAUAUCGUGAGUGCUGUUAUAAUGAUAUAUAACAUCUGUUCGUACAGGUUUAGUAUAA